CCGAGGUCCCCAAACAGUUUUCUUGCAUAAAUUGGCCAGAUCCCUUCAUUCGUCAGGCCUACCCUUGGAGUUAUCUGAAACUUAUUAGGCCAUCCAUCCAUCCGUACAAUACACAGCUCAUCUCUUCUACGACAAUCAAUCAAUCAAUCCAUCAUGAGCAGCCAAGUAGCGUAUUCUCCCGCUUCCACGCCCAGUAGUCGAGGUCUAUGGGGCGCCGUGAAGAAACAGGGCAGCAAGGUGGGCGCCCGAGCAUCCAAGUUGGGCCAGCAGACCAAGAUGCGAGCGGAGCUCAUGAUGAUGGAUCAAAAGAUUACCAAACGCAAGCAACGAUUUGGCGUAGAUCUGUACGACACUUUGGCGUUGCACGCACGACAAGACCCCGACUUUAUCAUUGAGAGUCCAUCGCUCGAGCAGAUUCGUGGUCACUUUGUCACGGCGUUCAAAGAUCACAAGGCGCUGCGGCAAAAGCUGGCGUUGCAACAACAAGGAUUGGUUGAGCUGGGAGAACGACGCGAAAUUGCCUUUCCAGCAGUUCCGGGCGAAGGAGAAACAACGCUGGGUGGAAAAGCCAAGAAUGCCGGCAAGGCCGCCAACUUUUUACGAGAAGAAACCAUGUACAAGAGCAAAAUUGCCGCGGUCGAAGCGGACAUGAAACACAACAAGAAGAAAUUCGGUGUCGAAGUGUACCUGUUGUUGGUGCAUCUGGAAGACAGUCAAAAGUGGUUGUCGCCCGAUCGAGAUGUCCGAUUUCUCUACGAUGCGGCACGACGAGAUGUCACGCGUCUGCUCAUGGAAAAACAACAAAAAGAAACCGACUUGAGAGCUCUCUCUGGAAAGUCUGUUAUUUGAUUUGAUUUUCAACAAACAAACCAACUCUUACUACGAUUUUGAAACACACCGUGGGUUGCUUGCUCCUUUGGAAGGAGCAGCGUAACUCAGCUGCUGGUUGGUUGGUUGGUUGGCAAUUCAUCCUUGUUGUUUAUACUUUAGAUUCUGCAUUGCAUGCAUGUGCCUUGUUCAUAAGCUAAAAUGAAAAAUGAUAGCUUCGUAUUCGCAGUUUUCCGCAUCUCAUCA